AUGCAGUCCCUCUUCUCCGUCACAAACAACGUCUCCCUCGUCAGCAUCACCGUCACCCCCGGCACCUUUCUCGCCGUCGUCGCCCUGCUGCUCUGCUUCCUCACCCUCUACAUCCCCGUCGUCCCGCACAUACGCCUGCCCCGUGUGUCACUGCCGCGCAACCUCUGGCAGCCGCCGUCGCCGUCGCCGCCGCAGACACACGCCUCGCACGGCAGCGAAUCACCCUCGUCAGCGCUGGUGCACCGCCGUGCCACCUCAGCAUCUUCCAGCUCCUUCGGUGCUGCUGUUGCUGCAACAACCGCCACCGCCAGUAGACGGCGGCACAACAGGCUCCAAAAGGUGCUGCCGGCACUGCCACCACCACCUCGAUCGCGUGGUGCGCUGCCAGCGCCCCCGUCGUUGAUUGAGAAGCUCACGCCCACGAGGCAGCUUGCGCUCCCCGAGUUUAUCUCCUCCUACUGGAGUGGGCGUGGUCGCGAGACAACCCCUCCCCCUCCUGCACCACCUCCCAAGCAUGGCGCCCACACCUUUACCCCCGCCAACAACGCCGCCACCUGCAGAAUCACCAAUAAUAAGAAGGUCGACCCCGGCAGAGAUUAUAACGACAUCAGCCCCAUGACGACGGCCACCUCGCUCUCGUCGACCAGACACUCCUCGGCGCUGCCCAGCAGCGAGCUCGCGGCGGACUCGGACGACCAGACGGCGCCGGCGCCGGCGCCGGAGUCGAGCCUCGUCGCGGACUCGGACGCGGACUCCGCCGCUGGUGGCUACUCACCACCGGCGUGGCGGAGGCUCGGCAACGGCGACCGCAGCAACGGCUUCUGGAGGACCCCCCCGCGGGUGGGUGAUGAGCUCGUCGCCCGGGCCAUGCCGCCGCGGAUAUCGUCGGAACGAGGCUCGUCGCUGCCGUUGUCCGAGGUGAGCGAGCAGGACGACGACGAUGACUCGACCGGCAGCAGCUCCGAAGGCAGCAGCGAUAUACUGCAGCGCGCGACGCAGACGAGGCUCCCGCCGGGAAGCCAGAGCCCGGAAAAGAUGCGCAGCCCGAGCCCGCAAGUAAAACGCAGCUCAAGCCCACAGCGGCACGACGAUGCAGUCAAGCUCGAGCCUGUAGAUUCCACGCUCCUCACACGUACACCACUACUUCCACCAGAAGCACCCUCCGAAAAUUAUAUCCGAUUCGCCGUCCGCGCCGAGGUCCAGCAGCGCACCGAGCUCAUCGAGGCCACCGUCUCCUUUGUGCGCAGGCGCUACCGGGCCGCGACGUCCUCGUGGCGCGCCCUCUUCGCCAACGCCGCCGUCGCGCUCUUCAGCGUGCUCUUCGUCAAGACGCUGCUGCAGCCCGUCGCGCAGCGCCCGGCCGGCGACCUCGUCAAGGUGGCGGGCGUCGCGCGCUCGUUUGAGCCGCUCAUCUACUACUCGGAGAGCGCCGUCGCGCAGGUCCACGAGCUGCAGGCGACGAGCGUCGCCGUCUGGGACCUGGGCGAGAGCGUGCGCUCCAGCGGCAUGAAGGACGCCGAGAGCAUCGUCUCGGACCUCGACGCGCUCAGCGAGACGAUGAGGACGCUGUCUGUCGAGAUGACCAAGUUCUUUGCCCGCGUGGAUGGCGACGUCGAUGGCAUACUCAACGUCAUGGACUGGGCCAAGAUGCACCUCAACCGCCUCAACAGCACCCCGCCGCCGUCCACCAUGUCGGCCGCCUACGACAACCUCCACAACCUGCUCUCGCGCGCGCGCGUCCUCGAGGACGCCCACGGCGCGCCCACGCCGUUUGGCAGCCUGACCACGUACAUCUUUGGCCCGUCGGGCCCGCAGCGCGAGCAGCGCGUCAUCCAGCUGCUCUUCACCGAGUUCCUCGCGGUGCUCGAGGACAGCAUCGCCGCCGAGCUGCAGCAUAGCGUCACGCUCUUUGCGCUCUUCGCCGCCGUCGACGCGCGCUUCCUCAACCUCGCCCGCGCCGUCGUCCGCGAGUCGUCGGCCCAGGAGGAGCUGCACGCCGACACGCUCGCCAGCCUCUGGGUGCGGCUGCUCGGCGCGCGCGCCGCCGAGCUGCGCAAGUUUGGCAAGAACCUCGACCUCCUCCACCACGUCCGCGACAAGACGGUCCGCAACAAGCGCGUCCUCGUCGACCACCACGGCCGCCUCCUCACCCUCAAGGCCUCGCUCGAGAGCCUCCGCGGCAAGCUCGUCUCGCCCCUCGUCCGCGGCGCCAACGCCACCACCCUCUCCCUUGACGACCAGAUUGCCGGCAUCGCCUCGGUCGGCGACCACCUCGCCGAGGUCCGCCGCCAGCAAAAGGGCAAAGUCCUCGAGUACCUCUUCUCCAGCGUGCCGACCGCCCAGAGAAGCCUCGCGGGCGGCGGGGAGGAGGACGAGGACACGCCGCGCCGCGUGGGUGGUUAUGAUGCCAGCGGGAAAAGGGUGUAA